AUGGUCCAAAUUAAAGCCAACAUGCUCCUUUUCCUUCUCGCUGGCAGUGCCUUGGCCAUGCCAGCCAAAACGCCAGCCAACAAUGCUGCGAGUCCUGGUAAAACCGUCCAAUGCACAACGGACGGAAAAACAAUCAAAAUCCCGGAGAAUAUUGCCAAGGACAUCGCCAAAAAAGCCCCCUCUGGCAGCCAGUUUGUCGAGGACGAAUGCACCGAGAAGCCAGAGUUUUCCACAUUCAGCAGCUACCCGCAUCAGUACCAUAAUGGUGACCCAUUUGAUUGGGACAACCACGUUUGCAACUCGGAAAAUGUGGCUCUGCUUGAAUUUCCCAUCAAAGAUGACAACCCUGCUGAGAUGUAUCCCUGGAAAGGAAUUCCAAGGGGCGAUGGUAAGAAACCUGAGAAGAUGAAGAAUAUUCCAUGCCGCGUUGUCUACAGUGCCACAGAUGGUCAUUAUUGUGGUGUCAUGUGCCACAAUUCUAUGAAAGAAGGCGGGGAAAAAGGAUUCCACAAGUGUACUUGA